GUUGCAUUGUUACCUGUCCAACUUGACUACCUGCUCUCACCGUUAUGGGGGUGUUUCCUCACCAUUAACUCAUCAUCGGGGAUUCCUGUUUAUAGAUUUCAGAUUCAGAUCACACACACAUUCUGACCCACACAUCAACACACACAGCGGCUCGGUCUGACUCUGGUACCCGGGUCAUGUUCACCGGGGUGCGGAUAGAGAGCAGGGGGGUCUCCGGGCUUGAUGCUGCAGCUGUGAGGCAGCAGAGGAGGCUGAAGCAGGCGAUCCAGUUCCUGCACCGAGACUCUGCUGACCUGCUGCCGCUGGACGGACUGAAGAAGCUGGGGACAUCCACACAGGGCCAGCCACAUCAUAUCCUCCAGAAGCGCCUGCUGGAGUCCAAGUUAUCCCGGGGCAGGAUGAACAAUGAAGGGAUCAGCCUGAGCUGCACUCACAUCAACUCACAUGAGGAUGAAGAGGAAGAGGAGGACGAUUUCAUCUUUGUGCCCUGCAAGUGUUUAGGACAAGAGGUGAAAGUACUGAUUGACACUGGCUUCAAAUUGAACCUGAUGUCCUCACGAACUGUGGAGAGUUUAUGUCUGAAAGAUCUGAUUGAAGAGAACAAAAUGGAGGUGGACGGGUUUCCGUUUCAGAGGAAGCUUUGUGUCGACGGACACAUCCGAGAACUCAGCCUGGCCUUCGGGAAACUCAGAGUAAUGUGCCCGUUCUUCAUCAUAGAGAGUAACAGACCACUGAUGUCCCUGGGAAACAAGAUGUUAAAGUCACUAAAGUGUGUGAUUGACACUGAAAAGCAGAUGUUGGUGUUUGGGACGACAGUGAGGGAGCAACUUCAUUUUGUCAAAAAGCCGUUCAAUGAAAGUUCUCCUGAUUUCCAAGACCUGUGAUAGCAACAGCAACAACAAAAACAAGGACAACAACUAGAACAACGAGAACACACCUAAAGCAAUACAACUAGAUGCCUACUUAGGGAACACAGUUUUCUCACCCUUUUAAUUCUCACUCUCUCUCUUUGUUUACUGUCUUAAUGAGUUGGAUAAUCCACCCUAACUUCACCUUUUUUUUUUUUACACAAAGGCAGUUUGGUAUUAUAACUACAUGGUAUUUAGCUGACGCUUUUAUCCAAAGUGACUUACAUACACUCAAUACUAUAGACUGCAUGCCUGCAGAAGCAAUUUGGGGUAAAGUAUGUUGUUCAAGGACACUUUGACUGUGGGAUCGAAUGGCUGACCCCCUGAUUUUCAGAUCAGCGCUCUAACCCCUGCGAACAGUUUCUCAUGAAGCACUUAAACAGCAUUAUAGUAGCCUAUGAUCAUGUGUAGAAUGUAUAGAGAUGAAUUAUAAACACAACGUGUCGUGCUGUAGACUUUAUUAUUCUGAUAGAAUGUGAUUUAUAGAUCUUGUUACUUAUAAAUAAGUAUUGUCAUGACGGAGAAACUGAAGUAUUCUGUAUGUAUAGCUGGAAAUCAGUCUUGGAUAACAGAGGAUUUUUAUUUCAUGUGAAGUGUAGCUUACAAACUCAACACAAUCUAUUGCGACUGUUUAUCUACUGUAUUUUAUAAUGUUGUAAUGUAUUUUGUAGUUCCAAAACAAGUAUUUGCAAUGAGGUCACUGCCUUUUAAUGUUUACAGAAAUACAGUAGCACCGAAUAUCAAAUAA